AUGAAAAAAAUUGAUUUCAGAGACAUGAAUCGUUUUAGAUGCAAACCAACGAGCCCAAAUGAAAUUAAUAACACAGUUGAUUUAAAAGAAAUAAAUAAACUCAAUAUUCAUCACGAUGAAUAUUUGUCUGCUUAUAAAGGAGAAAAUGAAAAUGAAAAUGAAAAUGAUGAUGAAAUUGGAAUUGGAAAUGGAAUUGACCAUUAUAUUCAAAUUCAAAAUGGUGAGUUAAAAAAUAGUUUUAACAUUACCAACAAUAAUAAUAAUAAUGAUUACCAAGAUGAUAAUAGGAAUGAAAAUAAUAUUCAAAAUAAAAGUAAUGAUCAUAAUCCAAUUGUUAUUUUUAUCACAAAAUGUACUUCUUUUAAAAAUUCACUUUUAAUUAUCUUAAUCCAAUUGUUAAACUUAUCAAUAAUUUUGGCUUUUAAAUUAAGAGAUGUUAAUUUAAAAUUGUUUAAACUAUUAAAUUCAAUCAACUUAUAUUUAAUUGAAUUCUUAAUCUUUCUAAUUUACUCCAUAAUUUCCAUCUUAAAUUCCUUUUCACUUACCACUAAUAUUGAUACUAUUAAUAAUAUCAAUACACCAGAAAAUUUAAAAAUCGAAGACAUCCACUUUUUGUUCUGGAAUGAUUAUAAAAUCUCAUCCUCAAAUGAUUUCAAACACUUGAAGUACUCUCCAUAUCCUCUUCCUUUCAAUCAUCUUUUAAAUCUCAAAUCAAUUCUCGAUCUAAUGAAUAUUACUAAUAAUAAUGAUGCAGACAAAAAUCCAGAAAUUAAGCCAAUGAGCAUCAAUCCAAUUAACAACACUAACAAUACCAUUACCAAUGAUGAUGAAAUAGUUGAAAAACUGGAUUCCCAAUCAACCAAAACAUCAUCCUCCAAACAUUCUAUGGUUCACAUCAAAAAGAAAUUUACACCUCAUCGCAACAAGAAAACUACCACUACCGUCGCUACCAACGGCAACACCAAAAAUACCGAAAACAACACCAAUGACAACACCGUUGAUAAUGCCAACGACAUUACCAACACCAGCAGUGAUAUCACCGGCUCCACCAUCCUCUCUCCUGCUCCCUUAAACGCCGACACUCUCCCACAAUCCAAUCCGGUUCUAGCCACCGCAGACCCCGUGAUAUCCGUUCAGCGGAAAAAUCUCUUCCGUCUCUCGUCUCAUCUCCGCUCCCGAAAAUGA